GAACUUAAUUUCUCUCACCCGAAGUUAAUAAUUCAGUCAGAAACACACACUGAAAAUUGACUUGACUUGUCAGAAAUGGAAUCUCUGUUGUGUCGGAGGAUGAUGAAGAGAGUCAUGGUGCUAAUAAUAACGUUGACAUGGCUCGGUGGCACGUGCGGGGAGCUCGAGGAACAACUAUUCGAAGCGGGAAAGCUUAAGAUGUUCGUCGACGACCUCCCAGAUAUGCCUAGACUCUAUGGCUUUAACUCUGUUCAUGGUAUCAUCAAACCCACUUCUCUUCAAAUCGGCAUGUUCUCCACUAAAUGGAAAUUCCACAGAGAUUUGCCUGCGACGCCUGUGUUUGCGUAUGGUACAUCACGGAGCAAGGCAACGGUUCCUGGUCCGACGAUCGAAGCUGUUUAUGGAGUAGACACAUACGUUACAUGGCGAAAUCACCUUCCUUCAUCUCACAUCCUUCCUUGGGACCCUACAAUCUCCCCUGCAACUCCGAAACACGGUGGAAUUCCUACUGUUGUUCACUUACAUGGCGGAAUCCACGAACCAACAAGCGAUGGAAAUGCCGACGCAUGGUUCACUGCCGGUUUUAAAGAGACAGGACCAAAAUGGACCAAAACGACGUUGCAUUAUGAGAACAAGCAACAACCUGGUAACAUGUGGUACCAUGACCAUGCCAUGGGUUUGACCCGAGUCAACCUCCUCGCUGGUUUGGUAGGCGCCUAUAUUCUUCGCCACCACGCCGUCGAAUCUCCGUUGCACCUACCCACUGGCGAUGAAUUCGACCGACCGUUGAUCAUUUUCGAUCGAAGCUUUCGUAAAGACGGGUCAAUUUACAUGAACGCCACUGGGAACAACCCAUCGAUUCACCCACAAUGGCAACCGGAAUACUUUGGCGAUGUGAUAAUCGUUAAUGGAAAAGCAUGGCCGCGAUUAAGCGUGCGACGUAGGAAAUACAGAUUCCGUAUCAUAAACGCAAGCAACGCUAGAUUUUUCAAAUUCUUCUUCUCCAACGGUCUAAAUUUCAUCAUUGUGGGUUCUGAUUCGGCGUAUUUGUCAAAACCGGUAAUGACCAAAUCGAUUCUCUUAUCUCCCUCAGAAAUUGUAGAUGUCGUUGUUGAUUUCUCGAAAUCACCAUCUAGAACCGUGGUACUCGCUAACGACGCACCGUAUCCUUAUCCUAGUGGUGAUCCGGUCAACGAAGAAAAUGGCAAGGUAAUGAAAUUUAUCAUCAACAAUGAACGAGAGGAUGACACAUGUACAAUUCCCAAGAAGCUCAUCAAUUAUCCGCAUCCUGAAGUGUCAAACGCCGUCCUCACGCGUUACAUCUCUAUGUACGAGUACGUGAGCAACUCUGAUGAACCAACUCAUUUGCUUGUCAACGGUUUGCCCUAUGAUGCUCCCGUCACAGAAACUCCAAAAUCAGGAACCACCGAGGUGUGGGAAGUGAUAAAUUUGACGGAGGAUAACCAUCCGUUACACAUUCAUCUAGGAUUGUUCAAAGUGGUAGAGCAAACGGCAUUACUGGCGGCAGGAUUGGAGGAGUUCAAGGACUGUAUGACGAAACAAAACGACGCGGUCAAGUGCCAAAUCAGCAAAUACGCUCGUGGGAAGAAGACGGCAGUGACGGCACACGAGAGGGGUUGGAAGAACGUAUUCAAGAUGAUGCCGGGACAUGUUACGAGGAUACUCGUUCGCUUUUCGUAUAUCCACACUAACGCAUCUUACCCAUUCGAUCCUACCCAAGAACCUGGCUAUGUCUACCAUUGUCACAUAUUGGACCAUGAGGACAAUAUGAUGAUGAGGCCGCUUAAAGUCAUCAAUUGAUAUUUCAAGGUCUAAUGAUCUCCGUGAAGUUUUUGAUGGUGCAAUAUAAACUCUUAAAACUAAUACAUCAUAACCAUUGAGAAUGUAAUAACUCCAAAAUUUAGUACUGGCUAUGUUAAAAGAACCAUUCUUUCCUGAAUUUGUUAUAAAUCCUCAUUCAGAAA